CAAAAUGUCGCCGAGAGUGCAGUAAGUUUCACAUGUAGAGCCCUUUUUCAAGUUUUGCUCAUCGACCGCUAAACUUCUAAUUAUUUUUUUAAAUGAAUUAGAGUCGUAAAUUGUUUUGAGGUUUCUCUCGUGUCUAUCUGGGAGUCAUGAGCAGCUGCUCCACCAGCCAGACCCCUGCUCGCAGCUUCGCAGCAAUGUCCAGCCCUCCUCCGUCCUCCUCUUUAUCACUCUCGACCGACAUGCUGGACUCUGCUGCAGAGCAGAUGAUGGUCCACAGGAACUUCCACGCAGCUUUUGACACAUGCCAGAAAGGUCUGGAGAGCCUGGCGAGUGCGGAGUCAGAGGACAACAGAUGUGGAGAAUUAAAGGCUGGUUUCUGCAUCUUGGGGAUUCAGGCUCUCGCCGAGAUGAACCAGUGGAGCGGUGUCCUUUGCUGGGUCCUGCAGCAGUAUGAACAUCAGGAGGAGAUCCCAGCGAAAAUCAUGCAGAUGUGCAUACUUCUGUACUCCAAGGUUGGCGAGCCCGCUGUGAUGCACGAUGCAGCCAGAGUUUGGUUGCACAGUCCACUAAAAUCCAGAGUAGCUGGUUUCCGGACAGUCGCAGAGUUAUAUCUGCUGCACAUACUUGUGCCACUUGGACAUUUAGAGGAGGCACAGGAGUUUAUUGAAGGUGAGGUUGGCGACGCUGCAUUCCUGGACCAGAAACAAACAGCGCUGGACAUUGUGCAUGAAAAAGCACAGCAGAAUCAAGAGCCAUCUUCAAAUCCCAGUUCAGAGUCUGGAAAUGCUGCACAUCCUCCGUCGAUUCAAGGUGGGGUCAUCCAUAAACUUGCAUCCAUGGUCACGUUUCUGUACAGAAAACUACUGUUGUCCGGCUCUGGCUCUUUCUCCCUCCGGAGGUUCUUCCUGGCAGCUGUUCUCCUCUACAUGCUUUUAGUCCGAAUGGAUCCAGCUCUGCCUUCUUCAUUCAUGUGGAUUUCCAAACUUCUCCAGCUGCUCAAGCAGAUGUGGAGAGCCAUGUUUGCACCGUAUUAUCAGGCUCUUAAUUAAAACGAAGGACUGUGAGAAUCACAAUGGGUUGUUUCAAUUCCCUCUUACUUCACUGUUUUGUAGGGGUAUGUGUAGUUUCCUGAGUCUCCCAACAUCAAUCACAUUAACAACUUUACUUUGGUCACAUUUCAUUUUAUUUCUUUUCUGGGAGAAAACACAGCUAAUGUAGAAAUGAUCCACAGACUAUCAGCAACAGAUUGUUUUACCUGUUUUUUUGUUUACAUCGCUAAAUUUACAAAUAAUGUAUCUCUUCUUCAAGUUGUUUAUGAAUCUCUAACUAAUCAUUUAGCCAUAACUCCAGCACAAGACUCAGGCCAUCAGGAUUGCAGCUUUAUUUCAUCAUGGAGUGGUUUGUAUGACCACAUGAGAAGUUAAAGUAUGAGUAAAGUAAAGUACUUAAUUUUAUUAUUAUUAAUUAUCUUAUGUUUCUGUUUUGUUUUUGUCUGUUGUAUGUUCAGUUAGUCUG